AUGGCAGCGCUGCCCGGGACGGUGCCGCGGAUGAUGCGCCCGGCGCCGGGGCAGAACUACCCCCGCACCGGCUUCCCGCUGGAAGUGUCCACCCCGCUGGGCCAGGGCAGGGUGAACCAGCUCGGAGGGGUUUUCAUCAACGGGCGCCCGCUGCCCAACCACAUCCGCCACAAGAUCGUGGAGAUGGCGCACCACGGCAUCCGGCCCUGCGUGAUCUCCCGGCAGCUCCGCGUCUCCCACGGCUGCGUCUCCAAAAUCCUCUGCCGCUACCAAGAGACCGGAUCCAUCCGGCCCGGGGCCAUCGGCGGCAGCAAGCCCAGGCAGGUCGCGACUCCCGACGUGGAGAAGAAAAUCGAGGAAUACAAGCGGGAGAACCCCGGCAUGUUCAGCUGGGAGAUUCGCGACCGGCUGCUCAAGGACGGCCACUGCGACCGCAGCACGGUGCCCUCAGUGAGUUCGAUUAGCCGCGUGCUCCGCAUCAAAUUCGGCAAGAAGGAGGAGGACGACGACUGCGACAAGAAGGAGGAGGACGGCGACAAGAAGGCCAAGCACAGCAUCGACGGCAUCCUGGGCGACAAAGGGAACCGCCUGGACGAGGGCUCGGACGUGGAGUCAGAGCCGGACCUGCCGCUGAAGCGGAAGCAGCGCCGCAGCCGCACCACGUUCACGGCGGAGCAGCUGGAGGAGCUGGAGAAGGCCUUCGAGAGGACACACUACCCCGACAUCUACACCCGCGAGGAGCUGGCCCAGCGCACCAAGCUCACCGAGGCCCGCGUGCAGGUGUGGUUCAGCAACCGGCGGGCACGCUGGCGCAAGCAGGCCGGGGCCAACCAGCUGGCAGCCUUCAACCACCUGCUGCCGGGGGGCUUCCCGCCCACGGGGAUGCCGGCGCUGCCCCCGUACCAGCUGCCCGACUCGUCCUACCCCAGCACCACCAUCUCCCAAGACGGCGGCAGCACCGUGCACCGGCCGCAGCCGCUGCCGCCCUCCACCAUGCACCAGGGCGGCCUGGCCGCCGCCGCCGACUCCGGCUCUGCCUACGGCGCCCGGCACAGCUUCUCCAGCUACUCCGAGAGCUUCAUGAACGCCGCAGCGCCCGCCAACCACAUGAACCCUGUCAGCAACGGCCUCUCCCCGCAGAAGCAGGGUGCCCAAAACAAGAUGCAGUGCUCCCGCUGGAACCUCACCAUAGCCCUGAACAAUCAGGUGAUGAGCAUCCUGAGCAACCCCAGCGGGGUCCCGCCUCAGCCCCAGGCCGAUUUCUCCAUCUCUCCCCUCCACGGCGGCCUGGACAGCACCAACUCCAUCUCGGCCAGCUGCAGCCAGCGCAGCGACUCCAUCAAGUCCGUGGAGAGCCUCCCGACCUCGCAGUCCUACUGUCCCCCCACCUACAGCACCACCAGCUACAGCGUGGACCCCGUGGCCGGAUACCAGUACGGCCAGUACGGGCAGACCGCCGUGGAUUACCUGGCCAAGAACGUCAGCCUGUCCACGCAGCGCCGCAUGAAGCUGGGCGAGCACUCGGCCGUGCUGGGGCUGCUGCCGGUGGAGACGGGCCAGGCCUACUGA